AAGGGCCCCGAGGUUUCUGCGCUCCGAGUCAGUUGGCCGACAUGAGCCGCGCGCGUUGGGGCUCCCGGUGUCUGUACGCUCGUUAAGGGUGCUAUUCGAAAAACGCGAUCGUGGCGUGCGCACCGCUUCCUCGAUUGAAAUGUACGCGGAUCGAGCGGACCGCGCUUCUCGCGUACAAUUUAUCGAACUGAUCUUUGCCGAUUCUACGAUUCGAAGCGACGAGUGUAGAUAGCUUGAAGCUCGUUGAAUAAAAAAAAAAAAUAAUAGUGCGCGACCGAAGGAAGAUCGUGUGCAAACAGGGUGCGACGAACUUGCGACUGCACCAAAGGGUCAUACCGAGUGUUUGUCAGUGCAGUGGGUUCAAGUGUCACUCGACUGGAUACGCGUACGAAUUGAAACGUUCGAAGCGGCGCCGUGGAUUUUCGUGGAUCAUUGCUGAAGAGUGUAAUCCAUCAUCGAGCGGGGAGGUUCGAGGGUGAAAGUACAGUGGGCAGUGCGAGAAACUUUGACCAUCACUCACGCGUUCCUUUCGAUGUAAAAUGAACGAAUGACCGCGACACGUACGCGAUGAGGCCGAAAUCGUGUUCCCUGUUCCUGCUGUUCUGCGUGUUGCUGCCGGGCCUGGUGCGACCCUUCACAUCCGGCGAAGAAGGCGAUGACGCCGCGGAGGACGAGGAUUCCUAUCUGGAGGAGGACGACGUGCCUUCGGCUACGAUAGCCACGGACACAGAGCUGAUCUCCGAAGGGGGCCCUCAUCUCCCCGUCUUUCUCACCGAACCAGUCGAUUCUUUCGUAGUGAAAAAUAAACCGGCCACCCUGCACUGCAAGGCUGCUCACGCGUUGCAGAUCUACUUCCGCUGCAACGACGCGAGGGCGGAGGAAUCGCAGCAGCAAGACUUCGUGGAUCCCCAUACCGGGACCAGGAUAGUCGAUUGCGAGCUGAACGUAACCAGAGAUCAUAUCGAGGAGUACUUUGGCAGGGACAAGUUCAAAUGCGAGUGUGUUGCCUGGUCAGGAUCCGGACAGAUCAAGAGCCAACCGGCGACCGUCGACGUUGCUUACUUGAAGAAGCAAUUCGAGUCUCCGCCGUACUCCGUAUCGGUGGAGGCAGGCCAGAGCACGGAACUCAGGUGUCUUCCUCCUGUGGGAGUGCCACCGCCGAGAGUGUACUGGCUAAGAAAUAACGUCCCCGUCGACACGGAGUCGGACACGCUUUUAGUGUCGAGCGAGGGACACCUUUUGGUUGGCCAAGCGAAACUCAGCCAUCAGGCGAAUUACACUUGCGUCGCGGAGAACAUCGCUGCGAAAAGACUGAGCGAACCUGUCAGCCUGACGGUUUACGUGAACGGAGGAUGGUCCUCCUGGUCAGCCUGGUCCGAAUGUCAUUCGAGAUGCGCGAAAGGGGGCCAGAAGAGGACGCGAACUUGUACGAACCCUGCGCCAAUGAACGGGGGCCAACCGUGCCUGGGUCCGUCUCAGCAGAAGAUGGACUGCAACGCGGCCUGUCCCGUGGUGGACGGAGGAUGGUCCAGAUGGUCGGCGUGGUCGGUGUGCGGGACCGAUUGCACGCACACCAGAAGAAGAUCGUGCGACGAGCCUCCACCCAGCCACGGUGGCCGACCUUGCCAGGGUAGGGACAUCAGCGUGGCGAAUUGCACCGGCGGCAUGUGCAGCAGUAGCAACGCGAAAAUGGGUGGCGCGCACCUGACCGAGGAAGCGAAUCGCCAGAUGGACGUGGCUCUGUACAUCGGUUUGACUGUCGCGUGUGUGGUAAUCGGCGGGCUGGCAUUUUUCUUAGCGAAGCUUCUGAGACGCAAAGGUCGGGACCAUUCCCUUUACUCCAUGGCUCGUAACGAAUUCCAGCCGGAGUUCUUCCCGGACCAGGACAAGAAGCUGAGCCUGCAACCGGACGUCACGGCGACGAGCGUACCGGCCUGCUACGAGUAUCCUUUCGACCCGAAGCUGUCGAUGUCGAGAUCCCUCUCCGAGCACCAUUACGACGUCCCACACCUCUCGAUCGCCCCUCAACCGUCCCCAAUGUCGCCGACGCCCAGCACCUCGACCCAGGAGUCCUGCAGCGACAAGCAGAUCCACUCCGACUGCGAGAACAGCGUCACUAGCUCCUACCCUUCCUCCGAUUCCACGUACAACGUCGCCUCGGAGAGCGUACGACUGCAGAAGCUCGAGACCGGAAACGUGGCCGGCGCUGCGGUGAACACGCGCGGUGCUCUCCUGGUGCUCCCGGACGCGGGGAUCUCGAUGUCGGUGCCCGAGGGAGCCGUGCCGAAACCACUCAGAGAGGAACUCUACUUGGCAGUGCUGAACGAGGAUCGCUUUAGGCCUCGAUUACCCGAUGGUAUCACGCAACUAUCCGCGGUGGUGACGUGCGGCCCCUCGUCGGCGACCUUCAACAAACCUGUGAUCCUUCAAUUCGAGCACUGCGCGAUGCUACAUCCAGCCACGUGGGAGCUGAGCGUCUGGGCGUGCGACGGUCUCAGCGUGGAGGACGGAACGGCGAUCGCAUCCGCCAAGGAUCACCAGUCGAUUACGUGGACCAGGGUGUUGACGUUGGGUAACGAGACGAUCAACACGCCGUUGUUCACGCAGCUGGAUCACGCGGAGGCGUUCAUCGUUACCGAACAGCUGAGAGGUUACGUUUUAGCCGGACAGAGUUGCGAGAACGUGAUCGCUACUAAGAGAUUGCGACUGGCACUGUUCGCCAGUCAAGCUGGCCAAUGUUGCGUCAGGGUGUACGCGGUGGAGGACACGAAGGCCGCGAUGAAGGCGAUCGUCGACAGGGAAUCUCAAACUAGGGGUUACCUUUUGGACAAACCACGGACAUUGCUGUUCCAAGACAACGGUGAAUCGUUGUGCGUCAGCCUGGAGGAAGUUGGCAACGAGUGGCAAAGUAAAUCGCCGACGGAACGGCAAGAAAUCCCGUUCAGGGACGUGUGGAAUUGUUUGGAGAACACGAAACACGUGACAUUCGGGUUGGACACAGCGUUCGGGCCUAGUAGCAGCCGAAGUUACAAACUGCAGGUGUCGCAGGGUAACUCGGACACCAGGCAGGUGUUCAGGAUCGUGUACGACGGCGCGAAACAAUUGAUCUCAUCCGGAAGCGUGACCAGACCGUUACGAGAGGUGACCGUGGUCAGCAGCGGGCAUGCUAAUAACGCGACCACAGACUCGACCACCUUGAGACCGUUUCGGUUUACCAGGUCCCUCAGGAAGCAGCUAUGCCAGUGUCUAGAUCCGCCGAACGCUUUGGGCAACGACUGGAGAAUGCUGGCGCAGAGGCUUCAAGUUGACAGGUACAUCAACUACUUCGCGACCAAGUCCAGUCCGACGGAGCACAUUCUGGACCUGUGGGAGGCGAAGCAUCACGAGCCAACCGCGGUGACCGAUCUGUUGAAUCAUCUUCGCGUGAUGGGCAGAACGGACGCGGCUACCAUUUUGGAGGCGCAACUCGGUCCCUGGCUUUGAACGAUCGAAACACUAGACGGCUUAGGACUCGUAUCCUUCGGUGAGUGAAAGCCCAAGAACGAUCAGUGAAUCAGUGGGUGACCGUACGUUCAACGGGUGGAACUUUGUUCGAAAGUGAAACUGAAACUGGUUGGCCAACGGAGAAACACGAGUGUUCUCCGGACGAAUCUCAUCGAAACACUGCCUUAAUCGUGCGGGACUGUCUCUCGCGACAAUUCUCUUUCCUUGUACAUAGAAAACUUCCGGUUGUAAGAUUGAACGUUGCUCGAGUGGCACGGUUUGAGCCGCGGGGAAUUGGAUCUACCUAAUUAAUCGUGAACGAAGUAAAUUAGAGACUGUGCAUUUAGAUGGGUAUAUAUGUGUACAUAAGUGAUAAGGAGCUGGCGAGCAGAUGCAAAUGGAUUAUUAUCCAUUUAGAUGCAUGUUUAUAUAAAUAUAAAUAUAUAUAUAUAUAUAAUUAGAUAGAUAGAUAGGUAGAGGCGAUGUAAGAGGAAGGAGAUGAAAGAAAAAACGAACAGAAGGUAAAACGAAACUCGUUUUUUAUCAAUUUGUUAUACGAACGCACGAGGCACACGCGAGUGGCCAAUGGUAUUCCUGGAAGGAUCAUCGUGCCAAAAUUCUCACUCUCGGUUUCUCGACUAGACGAACGACGUUUACGUUCAUGUUUCUAUUCGGAUGUUUGUUGAAACGAGCCCUUGCGCUUUCUUUCGUGCACGUCGACAAUACACGCACCGCGUCGUGAACAGACGCGGCUCGAUCGCGCAGAACCUACCCUAUUUCACGACAAAUCUGAUGAUUUUUAAAUCGAUCCAAGAUUUUUAUUUGGAAGAAUUGUAUAUUUGUUACUUUCGACGAAUAAAAUAUUCUUGUAUACCUCGA